AUGUAAAAAAUAAAAAAUAAUCUUAGCAAACUAUUAAACGAUGAAAGCGUUUGCUUUGAUUAAUCAUACUCAUUUAUAUUGUUUGUUAGGAUGCUUUAAUUUCUAUAAUAUCUUGCAAUCACCUUACAAGAAAUCAAUAAUAAUAAUCAAUUGAAGGAUGGUCACUUUUCAAUUUUUUUUCAAAUUCUUAAGUUAUCAAUUUUAGAUAUCGACUUGUUACCUGAUUAUAUUGGAUAUAUUACUACUUUCUUUAACUUCAUAGUAUUUCUACUAUUUAUGCUGUAAAUAGUUUAUUUGAAAAGAACUUUACAAAAUUUGAUGAAGAUUUUAAAUGGGUAUUUAGCACUUUUACCUUAAAUUAUGUGUUUUUUAUUUGUUUCAUCUACUUUUCGUUCCUUCUUAUUGAACUCAAAAACACAUAUUGUAAUUUAUAUAUGGGCUAUAUUUGAUGUUAGCUUAAUAUUUUUAUUAUCUUUAAUGUCAUGUAUAUUGUUUAGAAAUAUUAACUUUAAUUAAUCAACUUAUACAAGAGAUUAAAGUAUAAUGAAGAUAGUGUCUUAAAUAUUUUAAUUUGCAACUCAAAUCCUAUAUUUUUAUCAUGAUUAGGAAGAAAUAUUAAUAUUAAAACAACUAUCAGCUUUAAUGUGGAUAGGAUUAGAAUAAAUUGAUAUAUAUUUAUAUAUGCCUUAUAGUUUGUAUGAUAGUAAAUUGAUUUUUACAUUAAAUUAAAUUAAAUUUGGAUGCAAUUUAAUUAAUUUGAUUUUGAAUAAUUUAUCAUUAAUAAUAGAGACAACAUAUUCAUAGUAUAUUUAUUACUUCAUUUUUUCAUCCAUAUGUUUCUAUUUGGGAGAAACUUGUUAUUAAAGAUUAUUUUAUGCAAAGGGAUUGGAUACAUUUACUAAAUCAAGUGAAAAGGAUUAACAUUUAUAAAUUAAAGUAUUAAGGCAAUUCUAAGUAUAAGCUGAAUCCUAAUUAACAUAAACUGAAAAACUUCUUUAGAUUGGAAUGGUUAAUUAACAUAUUAUCCAUUGUAGUAGAAAAUGUCAAGUAUUUAUAUUUAUUAUUAUAUAGUCAUUGGAUAGUUCAGAUGUUAUACGAUGUAUUGUAAAUUAUCAAGUAUAAACUAAAGAAGAUGAACAUCUAUUUUUAUUUAAAGUAAGAUAUUUAGGAUUUCAAAAUAAAUAAUAUUCAUAAAGUUUAGCAAGACUUAAACAUUAUUAAAUUAAGUAUAAACCAGAAUUGUCAUGGUAUUUUAAUUUAAUAUAAAUUGAUAUUUCAAAUAAAUUAAGAUAGGAAAUAAUGAAAUAAUAAUAAUCUUAAAAAGUAUACACAUAAGAUACAUAAAGUGCCAAUUUAUCAUCUGAAAAUUUAGUACAUUUGGAUAUUUAAUCAGAUAAAUUAAUUCUAAAUUUAAGAAAAACUUUAUCAGCAAAAUUAGAUAUUUGGAGAAAAUAACUAAAAGGUUUUAAAACAAUUAGAUAACUUCAAUUAGAAUUAAUUAAGUUAGCUGAAGAAUUAGAAAAAUUAAGAAGAAAAUUCAAACUUAUUAUAAAUAAAGAUGUUUAUGAAGUGAAUAUUUCUUAAGUUAAUAAUUUAUAUCAUUUGAGAAUGUUAUCAUUAUAUUAUUCAAUUAUUAUGAAUGAUUAACUACAUUCAUUUUUAUGUGAAAAAUAAUAUUAUCUAAUAUAUUGUUAUGAAUAAACCCUUUAAUAAGAUUAAUUAAAUUCAAUUGCUCUUGUACAUGAUAAAGUAGCUAUAGUUACAGUUAGUUUAGUUAAAAGUUUAGGAACUAUUUUGAAUUCUAAUAAAUAAUAAUUAGGUCAUAUAUUUAAUUAUAAAAAAGUAGAGGAAUUUCAAAAUAUAUUUCAUUUAAAUUAACUUAUGCCUGAUUUUAUAGCCUCUAAACAUAAUUAAAUGCUUUCAAAAUUUUUAAUUAAAGGUGAUUCUCCAUUCUUUUAAGAAUUUAGAAUGAUUUUUGGAAAAUCAAAAGAAAAUUUUAUUUUCCCUUUAUAAUUGAAACUUGCAAAUGAUUUCAGCUAUGAAGAUGAUUAUGUAAUUAAAGGAAUAUUUUUUUCAGGUGGAAAAAGAUAUGAUUAUAUUUUAUUUGAUUAAAAUGGAAGAAUUUUAGGGAUAACUAAGUAAAUUUACUAUGAUUUAUUUACAGAUCGUGAAGAAUCUUAAAUAGAUUUAAAAUCUUUAUAUAGUUUCUGUUUUUUGUAUUACUUUAUCCCAGAUUUAUUUGAAAUUACUAAAAGAUGUUAUUAAAGACAAAAAGAUUAAUUAGAAAAUGUUAAUCUAUAAGAAGAUGCAAUAUUUAUAUCCUAAACAGAUAUAAAAGAAUUUCAUGAGAAUUUUCAAUAAUAAUUGAAAUAUCAUCUUAGAGAUUUAUAUUGUAUUUGGAAUAUCAAAAAAAAAUAGUCUUUGUCUAGUAAUUAUUUCUUUAAUUAUAAAAGUUAAAUAAAGUACAUCAUCAAAUUCAAAAGAUAAAAAUUAAUUUGUAGAAAUUAACUUAUUAAAUGAUGAAUAUGCUAAAUUUGCAUCUGAAUUUGUAAAUCAAAAUGUAUUAAAUUAAUUUAUAUUUUUAGAUCACAUAACAAAAAACAUGUUUUUUAAGAUUUACUUUAUAUUUCUAAAAAAGCAAUGCUGAUGGAUUUUUUAUAAUGUAAAUAUCAGAUUAUAGAAAACAUGAUUUAGGUGAAAUAGCCACAGAAUUGUUUGCUUUAUAAGAUGUAGAUUCAACAAUGAAAAAAUCAACAUUGAGACAUCUUAAAGGUAAUAUUGAAUUUCAUUUAGAUUUCAUUAUUUCCAAAAGAAGAUAUGGUGAUUAACGUGCUUUAUAAAGUGUUUUCACUAAAAGAAAAAUGUAUUCAAAAUAAUUAGUAUCUAUGAAUUAAUCCGAGAUAUUAAUGACUCAAUAGCUAUCAUCCACAAAUUUUACUCCUAAGGCUUGUUUUAUUAAACCUGAGAUUGCAUUGAAUUCUGAAAUGGAAUCUGUUUAGGAAGUUAGAAAUUCAAGUUCUGAAGAAUCUCAUUUUCUAGAUGAAUUUAUGUCUGAAGAAGAUUCAAAAAAAUAAAAUUAAAGACAUGAGAAAAAGAUAAAAUCAUUUAGUAAAACUAAUAAUUUCUCUGAUCCUGAUUAAAAUCCAAAUAAAUCUCAAAAUUCAAGUGGUCUUUCUAAAGUAUCUAAUAAUUAGUCUUAUUUCUUUUAAAUUGUAUUUAAGCAAAAAUCUAAACUUCCAAAAAGCAUACUAAUUCUAUGGUUUAUUGUUUAUAGUGUCAAUUUAAUAAGUAUUGGAGGAUUUGGAUUUACAAAUUAUCAUCUAAUUUCAAAUUAUCAUGAAUCUUAAUUAUAAGCUUAACAAUUUAUGGGACCUUUAAGAUUUAAUCGAUAUUUUUGUAAGACAUUAUCAUUAAGUUGGAUAUUUAUAUUAAAUAAUUAUGGUAUCUUAAAUAAUAGUUAAUACUCAAUAUAAUAAAGCUUAUACUAAACUUCACUUUUAAAUUAAUUUGUUUUUGCGAAUUUAACUUAAUUAUAUCCAAUAUUUAUUCAAAUGGAGUCUGAUGGAACAUUAGAAAAUAUAACCAUAUAAUAUUCUGUUGAUAAUAUUGAAUAAGUAGAAUUCACUAGAUUGCUUUAUUUUAUGGAAGAAGUUAUUCAUUAUUUAGUAUAGAUAAAUACAUAUGAUUACAGUAAUUAUAAGGAGUACAUUAAUAGAUAAUAUAUUGAUAAAAUGUUUUUGAUAGAAUAAAAUUUACCAGAAAUAAUAGAUAUUGAUUCUGAUCUACUUAUCUAAUUAAAAGAAAAUUUUAAUACCCUCUAGUAAUUUGAAAGUACUAUCUUUGUUAUCGAACAUCUGAUACACACUGCAAUUAUCUUUCUUAUUAUGUUGGUGCAAUUAAUUUAAUGGAAUAAUAUUGAAUAAUAAAAUAGAAAUUUAGCAUUGCUUGUAGGAAGAAUCAAAGAUAGUGAAAUAGAAACUGAAAUUUGUAAAUAUAUAUAUAAUAUUUUCAAGUAAGAGCACAUGCAGUUUAUAUUGCUCUUAGUAUAUAUGGUGGAGAGGAUUCUUGGAAGCGUUUUAAUUAUUAUAAUUUUGGAUUUCAAUAAAAUGUUUCUUUCUAUUAGCCAAAGCAAAAAGUUAGCAUUAGUUAAUAAUUAUAAUUAGUAUAAACAAGCUAAAAAAAUACAAGGAAUUUUUAAACAAAAAUAAAUCUGUUUUCUCAUCUUUUUAAAAUAUUAACAUUUGUUUUAAUCUACUAAAUUUAUUUAUGGGGAGGAUAUGCAAUAUUUAAUGGUUAAUAAAAUAGAUUAUUACCAUUGAGUAAUCUUUUAAAUGAUUUUGCAUUGUUUAGUUCUAAAUUGGAUAAUCUAGCUAGUGCUGCUUUAAUUAUUAAAACUAAACCAAUUCUAUUUUAAAAACUAAAGUCUUUAAAUAUUUAUUAAGAAAAUGAAUUAUUAGAUGAAGGAAAAAUUAUAAAACUAUUUGAUGAAUUUUAUAAAGAUGUUAAUUUAUCAUUUGUUAAAUUAUAUGAAAAUAUAAUAAAAGAUCUAUCUUUGGAAUAUUCACAAGAGGAAGUUCAAGGAUUGUUGAGUUCAGAUAUUUGUAUUUACUUGAGUGAUUAUCUUCCAUUUUGCUAAUUAAAAAUAAAUAAGAACCCUUAAGAUUUUAUUUAAAAGUAUGGUACUUAUGUAGAUCAAGAUGAUAAUGCUGAAUAUUUAGCUCAUGGCAUACUUACUCUAGUAACAACCAUUUAAUAGUUUUAUUAAUAGAAUUUUGCAAAUGAAAUAUCAAAUGGAUAAUAUGUAAACAAUACAUAAGAGAUUUAUUUAUUGAUAAAUAGUUCUGAGUUUAAUGUUAUAGUUUUGUCUCAUUUUAGAGAUACUUACUUUUGUUUUAUUAGAUUUUUAGAGUUAGUUGAUGGUAAUAUAGCUCUGAUUAAGGAGAAGGAUCUCGAUAUAUUGCUAUUAUAUUAUGACAUAAUAAUAGUAGUUUAUUUGAUCUUAUUUCACAUUUAUUACUCAUUUUGGAUAAAUAGGAAUGUCAAAGAAAUGAGAAACAUUAAACUUGCAUUAAUAGCGAUUCCACAUUUUUAAUUGACAAGUGAUCCUGUUAUUAACAUUUUGAAAAGAUAUCAAUGA